AUGGCUCUCAGGCAGGGCGUCUCGCGCCUGCUGCGCUCAUGCCAGCCAUUCGCGGCGGGGUCGGAAGGCGCCCGGGGGUUUGCCGCGUCCAGCACAUCCAGCGCCAAUGGCGUCCCUGUUGAGGUGCACAACGAGAACGGCAGCAAGCGCGUGGUGGUGACCAAGGCUCUACCUGGUGACAGGUGGCUGCAGAUCCUGAUCGCCGCGGGCUGCCGCGUGGAAGUCAGCCAAAGCGCUGACAUCAUCCAGGACGUGGCGACCGUGAAGAAGCUGAUAGGAAGCCACUGCGACGGCGUCAUUGGGCAGCUGACAGAGGACUGGGGCUCAGAGCUGUUUGAGGCACUGAAGGCAGCCGGCGGCCGCGCCUACAGCAACUAUGCAGUGGGCUACAACAACGUGAAGGUGCCAGAGGCGACUAAGAGGGGCAUCCCCGUCGGCAACACGCCGGGCGUCCUGACCGAGACCACCGCCGAGCUCGCCGCCGCCCUGACGCUGUCCGCCGCGCGCCGCGUCCCCGAGGCCGACGUGUUCAUGCGCGCCGGCAAGUACGAGGGCUGGCUGCCGACGCUGUUCGUGGGGCAGCUGCUGCAGAACAAGACCGUGGGCAUCAUCGGCGCGGGGCGGAUCGGGGCGGCGUACGCGCGCAUGAUGGUGGAGGGCCACAAGAUGAACCUGGUGUACUUUGACCCCUACCCCAACAAGGGCCUGGAGGAGUACAUCAAGUGA